CACAUGGCACAGAGGCUGCCCAUUGGCCGCACCGGUGCGAGUAUGGACGCCGGCUGCUAUCGCCCUGCUUUCUAUCAUGCGUGUGAGCGGGGCGACCUCGCGGAAAUCCGGCGGCAUCUCGACGAGGGCGCAAAAUUGGAGGGACAGAGCCUGCCUCUGGGACGCACCGGAGAUGGUCGAGCGGUGUGGUUUCGGGAAGACCUGCCAGGCCUUCGCAACUUCGCAAACGGGAACUUCGACCCGCCCACGUGCACCUUUGAAGUUGCGGAAGACCAUACGCCGCUGCUCGUCGUCGCCCGGCGCGGGAAAGUUGUCGCCACGAGGCUACUCCUGGAACGCGGCGCUGAUCCUAAUGUGAAGAUCGCUGUGGAAAGAUCGGCGCAGAUCCAAUACGGGCACAUUCCAUCAUCGGGUCGAUCAAACACGUCGCCGGAUUGGAUCGCCGAUGAGUGUACGCCGCUCCUCCUUGCGUGUAAGGCGGGCCACGCGCAGGUGGCGAGCCUACUUCUCGAUUUCGGCGCCGACGUCAACUUUAUGACCGUUGAUGGUUUUACGGCAUUGUCUUAUGCGUGCAAGGCAACCGGAGAACCCGUUGAUGUUGUGACUUUACUGCUCGAUCGAGGCGCCGACAUCACGAAGGGUCGCAGUGAAGGACCGAGGCCGAACUGCUUUUGCGAAAUGACGCCGCUUCGCUAUGCUGUCAGGAAUCACAAAUUGAACAUAGUCCGGCUGCUUCUUGCACGCGGUGCUCCAGUCGAUCAAGGGAGCCACACCUUUGACCCUGAGCGAGAGGGAUGUGAAGAGGUUUUUGAAUCACCACUUUACAUGAUGUGCAGGCAUUGUUCUCAUGUACCAAGUCCGGUCAAAUUUGCUGUGGUGCGGCUUCUUCUCGCGCACGGAGCGUCUUUCGAGCUACCGCACCUCACUUUCUGGGAAUAUGGUAGCGGACCUCUGCCUCCCGAAUUUACGACGCCGCUCUGGUGUGUUCGGGAUGCGGCGCGAUGCCGGCUGCCCGGGGCGCCCGAAAUGAACGCCCUCUUCGACGACUACCUCAAGAAGUACUGGACGUUGCGCUACAAGCUCCGUCUUUUCGGGGACUUGGACGAGUACCUUUCGAACUACCUCGCGUCCUUCAUCAUCGGCGACGGCGUCAUGUCGACGAAGCGCACGUGAUGAUUUGUCCGAGGCCGUGUGCAAACCUGUAAGGAGACUUUGUUUUUU